CAUCGUGAGUGUGUGUGUGUCCGUGUGAGUGAGAAAGUGACGAAUUACUUUUCAUCAAAUGGGAAAUAAUUUAGGGUGAAAACACGUAUAUAUUCGGAACACAUUUAAAUUACAGACGUGAUAACAUCUCGAAAGAACCAGCUACAUCGGUGCAAAUUAAGCUAAACGAGAACACCGCAAAUACACCAUCGAAAUGGCGGAAGGCGGCAGCAAGCGCAUCAACGUGGUUGUAAAAACGCCAAAGGACAAGAAAACGGUCGAAGUUGACGAAGAUUCUGGAAUAAAAGAUUUCAAAAUUCUGGUUGCACAAAAGUUCGAGGCGGAGCCCGAGCAGCUCGUGCUCAUUUUUGCCGGCAAAAUUAUGAAGGACACGGACACCCUUCAGAUGCACAACAUCAAGGACAACCUGACGGUGCAUCUGGUGAUUAAGGCGCCGACGCGCAACAACGAGCAGCCGGCCCGACAGCCGGCUGACGUGCGCCAAACGCCCUUUGGCCUCAAUCAAUUCGGUGGCCUGGCCGGAAUGGAGGCACUUGGAGCCGGAUCGAACACGUUCAUGGAUCUGCAGGCGCGCAUGCAGAACGAGCUGCUCAACAAUGGCGACAUGCUGCGCUCCCUGAUGGACAACCCGAUGGUGCAGCAGAUGAUGAAUAAUCCGGAUACCAUGCGUCAGCUUAUCACGUCCAAUCCGCAAAUGCAUGACCUGAUGCAGCGCAACCCCGAGAUCUCGCAUAUGCUUAACAAUCCGGACCUGCUGCGCCAGACGAUGGAGCUGGCCCGCAAUCCCUCGAUGUUGCAGGAGCUGAUGCGUUCGCACGACCGCGCCAUGUCGAAUCUGGAGUCGGUGCCGGGCGGCUAUAGCGCCCUGCAGCGCAUCUACCGCGAUAUUCAGGAGCCAAUGAUGAACGCGGCCACGGAAUCCUUUGGUCGCAACCCCUUUGCCGGCCUGGUCGACGGCGGCGGUUCAGGAGCCGGCAACAACCCGCAGCAGGGCACCGAGAACCGCAAUCCCCUGCCGAAUCCAUGGGGCGGUGCCAAUUCGGGAACCAAUGGAACAGUCGGUGGCUCCGGCGCCGGCAAUCCGACGGGGGAUCUGCCGCCGAACAAUGUGCUCAACACGCCGGCCAUGCGAAGCCUGCUCCAGCAGAUGGCCGACAAUCCAGCCAUGAUGCAGAACCUGCUGAACGCGCCCUACACGCGUUCCAUGAUGGAGUCCAUGUCACAGGACCCGGACAUGGCCGCGCGCUUGCUGAGCAGCAGUCCGCUCAUGUCUAACAAUCCCGCCCUGCAGGAGCAGGUGCGUCAGAUGAUGCCGCAGUUUAUGGCCCAAAUGCAGAACCCCGAGGUGAUGAACAUGCUGACCAAUCCGGAUGCAAUGAACGCUAUCCUGCAGAUCCAGCAGGGCAUGGAGCAGCUGCGCAGCGCGGCCCCAGGUCUCGUUGGCACCCUGGGCAUUCCACCGCCACCACCGGGUGCCGGCACCGGAACGAAUCCAGCCAGCGGCGAUGGGAGCGGGGGCAACAGCGGUGCCAGCACCAACAAUGUUUCGCCAAGCAGCGGCCUCAACGCCGGCACCGGCACUCCAAACCUGGCCCCGGGCGGUGGUCCCAACGCGCAGCUCUUCAACGACUUCAUGAUGCGCAUGCUCAACGGGAUGUCGAACAACGCGGACAACACACAGCCGCCGGAGGUGCGCUACCAGUCGCAGCUGGAGCAGCUGAACGCCAUGGGCUUUGUCAACCGUGAUGCCAACUUGCAGGCUCUGAUCGCUACCUUCGGGGACAUCAAUGCGGCGGUAGAGCGACUGCUGUCCCUCAACCAGUUGUCCUUGAGUUAACAAGGCUAAGCCAUAGCCAUAACCAAACUGUACACAACCUGUCUAUAUAUCUACGAACUACAACUACUAUAUAUACCACUACGGCCCUGGAGAACGCGAAUGAGAACACGACUAGUUAGGAGGACAGGUCCUAAACCCAAACACACACCCUCCGCCAAAAAAUUCCACGGUCAGCGCUGCUGAUCGCUUGUUUCCCCAUCAAGCCGGAAAUGUCAGGAAUCCAUCAUAGCCACAUGCCAACAUACCAACACCCCCAAGACACAAAAAGAUGGCUCCAAACGAGCAUAGUUGCCUCGAGAUCGGAGAGAUACUAGAUAUAGGUGGGUGAUAUGAAUGACGCCGGUGAGAAUGUUAGAUAGGGAUCGCAUACCAAAGUGUUAGCACUUUCGUAGUUGAUAUCAGAUUUUUUUUUUUUUUAAAUAAUUUACAUUUCGUGAGCUCGGAGAAUCCUUUAAGCGGAAAUGCGUUAGCCGAAAACCAACUUGAAUAUGCAUACUUUGCUCACGUAAUGCAUAGUUUUGCACGCCCAACAACUUCAAUCGAAAUACUUAACGCAUUUCUUUAUCGGAGAACUUCGUUAAUUUUCAAUAAAGUUAAGCGGGAAUGUGCACUUUUGUCAUUGAUAAUGUAAUAACUAUUUUGUCGCCAACAGAUGCGAAUUCCAGUUUUGUGUUUAAGAAAAAAGAAUCGGUACAGAGAUCAGAGGCGUAGUAUAUAUCCUGUGUUCUGGUCAGGCAGUUUAGUUUUAGUCGGGUGCUAGUGGGCGUGGGCUAUAGCCGCAGUCCUUCUGACUCCCCCCCCCCUCCAUUUCUCGCGAUCGGAAAACGUUCUGGAAAUUGCAAACAACUGCAAACAGGACAAACGUACAGUAGAUAUCGGCUAUAUGCAAAGACGACACUGUCUUGGGGGAAUCCUAACAUACGCGCGAGUAUGCUGUAGUCAAUCAAAAUGUUUAUCGAUUCGUUAAUAUAAGAGCAAUCUCCAAGCGUUAUUUAUCCCACAUCCCGUUCAGAGGAAUACAAAUGUAAAAAGUUGUUGCACACAAGCGAUUUGCAUGCUAACGAUAUCUACUGUAAGUUAAUGUGUGUAUAUAGGUAUAUAUAUAUGUAUAUACAUAUAUAUAUAUAUAUCAAAAUAUUCCAAGGUGUUAACAAAAGACGUAAAACUAUAAAACAAAAAAAAAAAAAAAAAAAAAAAACCAACUCCUUAGUAAAGAGAGGAAGCCCCAAUAAUAACUUGUAAUGUAAUUUACUCUAAGCUUUCGUAUAUAAAACCUAUAACCGACCAUUUGGGUUCCCAUUUCCGAUCAAUCACACACACACACACUUUCGAAAAGCUUUCCUUCGCGCGCUCACCGUUUAUAUAAGAUAUGGAUUCAGUGUAUACCCUGUAAGUGCUACCACCACAUAGCCUCGCUCGUCCGCUGUGGGAUUGGCUGGUCGGCCGGCUGGCUGGCUGGCCGGCUGGCUGGCUGGCCGGGUUGUUGGUUGGUCAGUUGGGCUAGUGGACUAGUGGAACUACGUUUAUUUGUUUAGUGAAGGAAGUGAGGCAAAGUAAUUAAAUGUAAAUGAUCACAUGUUUGAAAACGUAAU